AUGCCGGACAUGCAGAAGGGGUUAAUUCCUGCAGUCCAAGAAAUGUAUCCAAACGCCAACCACAGGUUCUGUGCCAUGCAUAUAUGGCAAAACUUUCGCAAGAAAUGGGGUGACUUGCAGCUGAAGAAGUGUAUGUGGUCAUGUGCUAAGGCCUCUACGACACAAGAUUUCAAUGCUGCAAUGGAUAAGCUGAAGAAGAUCAACAUAGGGGCUUGGGAAUACUUGGACAAGAUUAGUCCAAAACAGUGGAGUAGAGCACACUUUAGCGAGUAUCCUAAGAUGGACAACUACACCAAUAAUAACUGCGAGGUGUUUAAUGCCAAGGUUAAAAAGAUGCGGGGGAAGCCUAUCAUAACCAUGUUGGAAGAAGUGAGGUGCUACGUCAUGCGAAUCAUGGCAAGAAACAAAAAGGCAUUGAUUGGGUACAGUGGGAGGUUAGCCCCAACCCAACAAAGCAGAUUAGAAAGAGAGAAGAGAGAGAGCAACAAAUGGAGACCCCUUCCAACCGGAGAUGACGCGGGAAAUGUGUAUGAAGUCCAAUGUCUACCCAUGAAGGUCAGUGUGGACUUGGGCAAAGGUACAUGUAGUUGUAGACUGUGGCAGUUGACUGGGCUACCUUGUAGACAUGCAUGUGCUGCUUUAGCUUACCAGAAUAGAAGACCUGAAGAGUAUGCACAUAACUGGCUAACUAUGGGUGCUUAUAAUGCUGCAUAUCAGACUUCAAUGCGCCCAGUUCCAAGCCAAGAGUUCUUGGAGCAUGUUGACACCCUACCAAUUCUGCCCCCCAGGUACAGAAAGCCAAUUGGAAGACCUUCAAUGAAAAGAGACAAAAGAAAUGAUGCCCCUAAGGACAAGAGUGAUCCUCAUAGAACUAAGAGGAGGAUUGGCACCAUCGUAUGCAAAUACUGCCUGCAGGCUGGUCAUAACAAGCGAAGCUGUAAGAAGAGAAAGGAAGCAAUGGGUGAAGGGAGUGCUGCCCCACAAGUCCCUGCAAGUGAUGAGGAUGAAGACAUGUUGGCUAAGAUGUACUAUGAGGAGACAUUAGAGGCUGCCGAGGCUGAAGCAGCAGCAACUGAGGUGGGAAACGGUUCCACAGCAGCCCAGACUUCACAGCCUCCACCCCCGAUGCCACAUCCAGCAGCAACACAACCCCAUGAUACAACAACAACUGGAGCAGCCAAGAAACAACAUAAAAGGAGAAGUGUCAAGCGACCACCCCCCUCUGCACAUACCCCAUAA